AUGAUAUCAUUUGAGCCACACAUCUCAUGCCUGCUUUCUCACAAGGCCGUUCCCGAGAACUCCUGGGCUGUUCCAUUGCUCACAACCAAAAGACAAGGAGGAUGGCUCAGAUAUUACAUUGGCAUGUUUGCUGAUCGAGAUAUGGUGAUGAGGUAUCUUACUGGGGGUAUAGGACAUAAAGCUACCCAUGACUUCGCCCCUCCCACUGCCCCACAGGAUCUUGUUGUGGAGGAUGACACUGAGGAGCAAGUUGAACAGAUGGAUGAUGGGGCUGAAGAAGAUAUGGAUGGGGUGGAGGCAACUGAGGAUAUAGGGAGUGGCGAGGAUGACUCUGGUGAGGACGAAGGUUCAUUGUGUGAUGGGGAGAAGGGUGACUAUGGGUAUGAGGAUGAAAAUGAGUCCGAGGUUGAUGAGAUGGAUAUCAGUGACUCAACGGAUGAGGUUGACGAGUUCUCAGAUGAUGGGUCUGACGGCUUCGUGGACUUGUAA